AUGGUCGACUGGGCACUGGAGCGAUGCAUUUUCUUCGUUCUCAAAUGCGAAACCAUCAAUGUCGCGUCGCCCCAAUCGCUCGCCCACCGCUUCUGGGUCAAUGGCAGCUUGUCCUACUACGACAAGGUCCCGGACGGCUUCUACCUCAUCCAGGGGAUGGAUCCCUUCGUGUGGACACUCUGCAACGACGUGCACGACGGCGGCCGCGUCCCCUCCAUCGAGUCCCUCAAGGCUGUCAAUCCCAACGACACUGCCAUUGAGGCCGUCAUCGUAGACAAAGUGGCUGACUAUGAGCUCAGGCAGCUGAUAAGCAUGGCGAUUGAUGUUUCUCGGAAUCGUGCCGCCGACUCCAAGGAGAUCGCCACUCGACUCGCUGGCGUCGUGUCCGCAAAGAUGGGGGGAUCAGUAGCAGCUACUGAGGAACACGAGUUGGGUCCCCGCUGGAGAGAGACUGUUGGGUUCCUGAAGAUUAGCUCUGGGUCUGUUGUCCUUCCAAUUGGAAAGUUAUCGAUUGGCUUUUGCUGCCAUCACACGUUACUGUUCAAGACACUGGCGGACUCCAUCAAUCUUCCUUGUCGCAUUGUGAAGGGAUGCAGGUACUGCAAAGCUACUGCUGCUGCUUCUUGCUUGGUGCGCUUUGGUCAUGACAGGGAAUAUCUAAUUGAUUUGAUAGGGAACCCAGGAUUCUUAUCUGAACCUGACUCCCUCUUGAACGGACUAUCAUCCAUCUCGGUUUCUUCGCCAUUGCGGCCACCGAAACAUAACUCAGUUGACAUUGCUGACAAUUUCAAGUCGAUGGCCAAGCAAUAUUUCCUCGAUUGUCAAGCACUAAAUCUCAUGUUCAGUGAUCCAGCAGUUGGAACAGUUAUCGACUUAGAUGAGGCUGUGGGAUCAAAUAUAGGUCUAAACUCAUCACAUGGAACAAACAGUGAUUGCCAAGCUACCUUUCCUCAUCUUAAGGCUGGUGCUCAACUCGGUUGUCAAGAUGAAAAUUUUAUAAUGCAAAGGAGUUUCCCAGAGGAUACUCGGUCUGGACUAAGUGAUCCCUUUAGUGAUAUGUCUCUUGACAUAGAAGACUUGAUUAUCCCAUGGAGCGAGCUUGUUUUGAAAGAAAAAAUUGGUGCAGGUUCUUUUGAUACUGUGCAUCGUGCAGAUUGGAAUGGCUCGGAUGUUGCUGUAAAGAUUCUAAUGGAGCAGGACUUCCACCCAGAGCGACUCAAAGAGUUUCUGAGAGAGGUUGCAAUUAUGAGAAGUUUGCGACUUCCAAACAUUGUUCUUCUUAUGGGCGCUGUUACUCAACCACCUAACCUUUCAAUUGUGACCGAAUACCUAUCAAGAGGUAGCCUGUACAGGCUUUUACACAGGCAUAGUGCACGGGAAAAUCUGGAUGAGCGCCGGCGCUUGAGUAUGGCUUUCGACGUGGCGAAAGGGAUGAAUUAUCUUCAUAAGCGCAAUCCUCCAAUAGUCCAUCGGGACCUAAAGUCACCGAACCUGCUGGUUGACAAAAAGUACACUGUGAAAGUCUGUGACUUUGGUCUCUCCAGAUUGAAGGCGAACACCUUUCUGUCUUCUAAGACUGCAGCAGGGACACCUGAGUGGAUGGCACCAGAAGUUCUACGUGAUGAGCCAUCAAAUGAGAAGUCUGAUGUUUACAGCUUUGGUGUUAUCCUAUGGGAGCUCAUGACAUUGCAACAGCCUUGGAGCAAUUUAAAUCCAGCUCAGGUGGUAGCAGCUGUUGGUUUCAAGGGACGAAGGCUUGAGAUUCCACGUAGCAUCGAUCCAAAAGUAGCAGCAUUAAUUGAGUCAUGUUGGGUCAGAGAACCCUGGAGACGGCCCUCUUUUGCCGGUAUCAUGGAUUCCUUGAAACCGCUCAUGAAAACACUACCACCCAAUCAACCCCCGGACGAAAAUUAGCAGUCCAGGAAACACAAGCUUCUGACAUCUUAGGCAGCAAAAGAUUAUAGAUCAUACAGAUUGCCGCACUGGUCAUAUUCAUCAAGAAUGAGGGAUUUUGGGACAAUAUGUAUAAUCAUUAUACACUGCAGUGUACAUAGAAAAGCAAACAAUCUCUGAAUAAAUUUCCAUCUGUCCAGUCCUAACAUGAUCUUCACUAUUGGUCAUCGCUUGAUUUCCUGCCUCCUUGCCACUCCUCUAUACUUGGGACGUGUGCAAAAUGUAUAUCCGAUCCCAAGAGUGUUUUAUGCAUAAUAAACGAUAUCAUUGUUUGGUGGACAUUUAUGCUUGAUAUAUUUUAGCAAUUUCAUCAUCUCAUGGCUCAUGGGAUGUAGAAUUCUUUAAUGACUUCUUAAUCUCCUCCAUUACUUUGUAAUGAUUGAUGUAUAGACAUGCUGGAAUAUUUUCUGCUUCCAUCAUCUGAAAA